AAAAUGGAGGAAAUCAACAACAGCUCUGAGAAGGGGUUCCUUCUCCUGGGAUUUUCGGAUCAGCCCCAGCUAGAGAGGUUCCUCUUUGUCAUCAUUUUUCACUUUUAUGUUUUGAACCUUCUGGGGAAUGCUGCCAUCAUAUUGGUAUCUUGUCUGGACUCCAAACUCCACACUCCGAUGUAUUUCUUUCUCAGCAAUCUUUCUUGUGUGGACAUCUGCUUUACCACCAGUGUUGCCCCACAGUUGCUGGUUACCAUGAAUAAGAAAGACAAGACCAUGAGCUAUGGUGGAUGUGUGGCCCAGCUCUAUGUGGCCAUGGGGUUGGGUUCAUCUGAAUGUAUACUCCUGGCGGUCAUGGCCUAUGACCGCUAUGCUGCUGUCUGCCGACCACUGCACUACACAACUAUUAUGCAUCCUAGGCUCUGUGUAUCCAUGGCCUGUGUAGCAUGGCUCAGUGGCCUCCUUACCUCCCUAAUUCAGUGCUCUCUCACUGUGCAGCUGCCUCUUUGCGGUCAUCGCAAGCUGGACCACAUUUUCUGUGAGGUGCCAGUGUUGAUAAAACUGGCUUGUGUGGACACAACUUUCAAUGAAGCAGAACUCUUUGUGGCCAGUGUAGUCUUUCUAGUUGUCCCUGUGUCACUCAUCUUAGUUUCCUAUGGCUUUAUAACUCAAGCCGUGCUGAGGAUCAAGUCAGCCACAGGGCGCCAAAAGGCCUUUGGGACCUGUUCCUCUCACUUGCUUGCUGUCAUAAUUUUCUAUGGGACCAUUAUCUUCAUGUACCUCCAACCAGCCAAAAGUAGCUCCAAAAAUCAGGGAAAGUUUGUUUCUCUUUUCUAUACCAUAGUCACCCCACUUUUAAACCCCGUUAUCUACACUUUGAGAAACAAAGAUGUGAAAGGGGCCCUGAGGGCACUGAUCUUGGGAAAUGCGCUUAGACAGUGCCACAGGGAUUAGUAGGAGAUCUGAAACUCUGCAAGAAGUUAAACAUCUCCAACACAAUAAUGUGUCAUUCUUCC